GGUUGGGCGGUGCCCGCUGAGGGACGGGCGGGCCCCUGACGGAGAGAGGCGGGGGCGGUGUUGGCUUCAAACCCUUGGUUGGAGCUGACUCCUGCUGAUUCCUCCUCUGGAAGGGCUGAUCAAAGGCCAGCAGCAGCAGAUGAGCCUCUAGAGCUGGAAGCAGAGCUGCAGGAAGGCACAGAGCCAUGGCAGAGAGCUGCCCUCCUUCCCCUGGGCUCCGUCAGGGCUUGAGGCAGGAGCCAGUCCCCAGGGCCAAGAGGCUCUCGGAUUCCACAGUGCAGGUGCAGGCCCUGCAGUCAGCCAAGAAAGCCUGCGUGCUGAGCCGUGACUGCAGCACUCCAAACCCAGCAGGGAACCCUCUGCUCCCUUCCCCAGGCUCUGGCUGCUCCCUUUUCCUGGAUGAGAGCGGGCAGGAUGAGCUGGGGGCCGGUUUUCCCGUGGCAAAGUACGACGACGUGGCCAUUUCCCUGGACAUCAGCAGGUGCUUCGACGACAGCGAGCUGGAUGAUUCCCUGCUGGAGCUGUCAGGCAGCGAGAAAGGGAAUUCUCCCUUUGAUUACACCGAGGAAGAGAUCCAGGAAAUCUUGGCAGAUGAUUCCGUGGAAGCUGAGCAGCAGCAGCAGCAGCACCUCCCUGGUGAAAGCCACCUGAGCCAAAGUGAGAGCGGGAGGAGCGAGCAGGCCCAGAGCAGCGGCUGCACCGCGGGGACGUCGCUCAGUGAGGCGCCCUCAGAGGUCACACAGGAAGCAAAGGAGCCCCAGGAGCAUCCCUCAGGCAGCUCUGGGUGUGAUCCUGGCUUUUUGAGUGGCACUGCUGCUCUGGAUGGGGCCCAGAGGCUGCAGCAGGAGCUGGACCUUGACCUGCAGGAGCUGCUGAGCCUGAGCCCGUUUGCCGCCGCCUGCGCCGAUGAGGCUCUGGAGGAAAACAACCUGGAAAGAGAAACUUUGGAUGCCAUGAUAGAUGAUUGCUUGGGAUAUUCCACAGCUGCUGGGAGCUGCUUUCCUGAAAAAUCCUCAGAAAGGGUGAUGCCUAAAGGCCAGGAUAGCCUGGCUCAGGAUUGCCUGGGGAAAUCCAUGCCCUCAUCUGGCCUUCCCUGUGGCCGGAGCACAGGGGAUGAGAGUCUAGCAUCUCUGUUGCCACCCAAAAAAGAACUUCCCAAAGCAACAAUGAGCUGUUUGUCAAGGAAAUCAGGCUCUCCAGAGGAUGCUGAAGGGGAAUCCAGAGGAGCUGAGCAGCCGCCAGGCAGCACUAAAUCAAGGGACACAGCUGUAGGCAAGAGUGGGCAGGAAGAGCCACCCAGUGGGAAGAAAAGUGGCAAAGUAAUUCCUGUCCCACAGGAGGAGGAAGAAAGGCCAAAACAACGGACCUGCAUUUCAGAAGCACAGCCUGAGCAAAAGAGACGUUUCUCUCCAGGCUGUGCCAAUCCAAGUGAGGAAAAGUGUGGCUAUUACCUCAGAAAUUCCCCAAAUUCCAACCCAUCCCAGUGGGUGAGCAAGAACUUGGCCAAACCACAAUUUCCAGAGAAUUCCUGAACACUUCCAGUGCAACCCCUCUGAAUUUUGCUGCUGAGGGGCUGUGCUGGUUCCUGUUCUGCAUUUAGAGGUGUUAAUUGGUCUGGUUUUCAGUGGUUUGAAGUUUCAUUUGUAACUCCUUCUGCAUUUCAGGAGAUUUGCACUUGAGUUUAUAAAUAUUUUGCAGCUUUUAGAUGUCAUUUUCUUCUUUCCUGUGCUACUGAGCAACUCCAAAUGAGUUGGAGGUGGAUGGGUUGAUCUUCCCAAUGUUCUUCCCAGGGGUGCCAGCAGGGCCUUGUGACUCCUUUAGGUAUUUAUAAGUGGAAUUUUGGAGAGCAAAUGAAGUUUAUUCAGGCAGCAAAUCAUCUCAUAUUUUUAUCAUCACAAUCUGACUAUUUUUGGAGAUGCUUUUGGCCCAUGUGCUCUUAAAGAAAUCAAAAUUUCUGCUCAGUACUGAAGUUCUUUAACGUUGUGGUUCAUAGAUUUUAUUCUGUGGCACCCAGAGUGGGACAGAACUUUGGAAAACAGGCAAAGUUUCUCCCUGCCCUGCAUGUGCAGUGACUGAGGCAGGGAGAAUGGAAGUCAUUUGUCCAAAGGAUCAGCAGUGGAGCUUGGAGCAGAGCCUGGCUGCACAAAACCCCAGAGAUCACAGAAUGCAGGCAGGAGGGAACCCAUGGACAGCACUCUUGGGGCUGGGGCAUGGCCACUGUCAGGUCCUUGGUGCCACCAGAGCCUCUCAGGUGACUUUUACCUCUGUAAAUUUUAUUUAGAGGGAGCUUUGCAUUGAGGGAGAAGGAGAAAUCCCUUGGAAGCCCAUGAGAGUUGUCAGCAGUGCUUUUAAACCAGUGACCCCCACCAGUGAAGUUCUUUGGAAAAGGAAUCCUUUGCCUGUGGUCUGGGGACAAUUUCACCUGAUGCCCAUGGAAUCCCAGCAUGGUUUGGGUUCAGAGGAACACAAAGAUCAUUGAGAUCAUCUCUGUCAGGGCAGGGACACCUCCCAGUCUCCCAGCUUGCUCCAAUCCCUGUCCAGCCCAGCCUUGGACACUUCCAGGGAUGGAAAUUCUCAGCAAGCAGCUCCUGGCCACACCAGGGAGGUGCUGAUGGUGUCUCCAGGGGUGCUGCAUCCCCUCGGGUUUGUGUUCUUUGGGAGUGUGAAACUCUGCCAUGAAGCAGCUGUGCCCUUUGGGAAGGAUUUAGGGCUGCAGAUUUCCUUCUUUGACACUGCAGGUGAUCCACAUCUGAAUGGUGGAGAGAGAAGGGAGGGACUGUGGGUUAAGCCUCCAUGGAAGGACAGAGAGUUUUGCUGUCUGUUUGCUCUUAGACAGCAGCCAAGGGCCCUGCUGCUGAUUUUUGCUGUAGUAGAACCCAGUGAUAUCAAUAAAAACUGGAAUAAAACUGGCUUUGUGUGA